UACAAAUCUAUUUUUUACAGAAAAAUGUGUUAAAUGUCAGAGAAUCCGAACUGCUAUUACAAAAGAAACAGUUUAUUAAAUUUGAUCUAAUUUGUGGAGAAGAUAUCAUACACUUGGUUUGAACUUUACUGUUAUAGGAUGUUAGAUAAAAAGGAAAUAGAGUUGGAGGUUGGAUUAUCUUGGGAUGGAGAAGAGAAAAUAGAAAACUCUGCCAAAAUAUUUCUGUCUGCAAGUGGAGAUGACCUGGCAGUGCGACUAGUUGCACCCUACUACGGAGAUCUAGCCCCACCUGGCGGUCAACCGGGGGAGCCUUACUCUAAUCUCUGGGAUUACGAGGUGGUUGAGUUAUUCUUCCUGAACGAUGCCGAAGAGUACCUGGAGCUUGAGUUCGGUCCUCACGCUCAACACUUAGUUCUCCUACUCAAGGGAACCAGACUAGAUGCUGGGUGCAUCGUUGUGAAAGAGUCAUGCUACAGCAUAAAUGGCAAAAACUACCUUUACAGUACACUGCUGAAAUCCAGGGACAUGUUUGGACAGGGUCGGCAAUUAUUCCAGGUUCCUAUUUUCCACCCAUAUGCACGAAAAUUAAUGGCUACGCUAUCCACGGAACAGGAAAUAACAGGAAAUAUGAGGCUGUUUUUGAGGUGGCUGGACCUCAGCCAGACUUCCACAGAAUUCAUAAAUUCGGAGCUUUUAAUCUAGCUGACAUCUUGGUUUCAAACUCAAGAUCUGACCAUUCAAAAAUCUGGGAAGGAGUUCUCAGCGAAGACGACAAAUAGAGAAGACGUAACUUUGGCAGUUUUAUUAAAUAUUCUAGAAAAUACAUUUUUUAUAUUCAAAAUAUCUCAAUUCAAUUCAAAAUUCAGUGCAAUUUACUGUACACAGUAUAGUAACAUAUAUAGUACGUUUGUAGAACUUUUUAAUUGUGUAUAACUUGUUCAAUAAAAAUUUAUUCAUUUA